UAAAUCCACUUUCCAUUUCCCUAUGUGGAUUUUCACUUUUGCUGCCAACACAAUGAUUAAAUGAACUGUCCGUGCUCUGCUUAGUUUGGAUUUUCUUGGAGGCUGAUCAGUCAAUUGUCCACAAUAGCGCUGAGAUGUUUUCUGGGUUAGCACAAUCACAUAGCUGAAAGCAAACACUUGAAGAUGGAGGAGUGCCACAAAGACAUCCUCUUGAUCCAGCGUGUUAACCUGGUAGACAAUAUGAACAUGAGAGGUGGCCUGCUAUCCCAGCUUAUUGCCAGAAAGGUCCUUGAUCCCAGGAUGGUCAGAGAGAUAAAGACUGGGCGCACCCUGGAUCAGCAAGCCGAGGAGCUGCUAGACAUCUUACCCCAGUGUGGAUCUAAGGCCUUCAAACUCUUCUGUGAUGCACUCGUUGCUGACAAACAGGGAGAAUUAGUAUCGCUCUUUCUAAAAUCAGAAACAGAAAACAAUGAAACUUCAGAAAAUAAUUCUGAUAGAAAAUCAAGCCCAGCUUGUGUACAAGAGACUGAAACCGGUGAAACCAAAGAGUCUGUUUCAUUGACACAUUCAGCAUCCAGGGAGAGCUUACCCACUGCAUCAUAUGUACAGCCUGUGACGAUUCGAGAAGAAUACCAACAAGAAUCAUAUAGGAGAAGUAUAGAACCGCACGGUGCUAUAUUGGUGGAGCCAAAUUUAGAUCAAGGGCAUGGUAUCAUGCAGCGUAGACCCAGUGAUGACCAAGAUUUUCAGCAGGAAGCUAGAUAUUUCUAUGAAAAUAAGUUUCUCGAUCCAUCUAAGGUUUCAAAAUCAGUGUAUUCUGUGUAUAACAGUGGUGGUAUGAUGUGUAGUCAGAAUGAUAAAGAGCGGUUGUUUAGACCAGAGUAUGGUUAUGGCUCACAUAGCAAGCAUAAAGUACCAGGGUUGUAUGAAGAACCUGGGAUCAAAUAUGAUAUGAUUGCAAAAGACUCCUCGCCAGCAAAUAUGAUAAAUCAUGGUAAACAUGAGCUAACCAGAAGUAUUGCUCAUUCACCAAAUGUGUUCAUGCAUUCUCCACAGAAAUCCGGUCUUCCGUCCAAUGUUGCCAAUGUUAAUACAAAGUUUCAUGAGAAUUCUGAGUAUUCCAAUAGAUUUGCUCCAUUAAAAUCUAGAAAUCACUUGGGUGAUGAUAGGUCCCAAUUUAGCCAAGAAUCAAAUGGAAAUCCUCAAGUUAGGGUAUUGACUGAUAGAAAUUAUGAAUCAGAGGUUAGAAAUAACCAGAAAAGGUCUCGGAACAGAUUUGAUGAUGAACAUUUUAUGGAAAAAGAUGUUCAACAUUUUGAAGGGCCAUAUCCUGCUAUGACACCAAAAGCCUAUCAAAGGGAAUAUACUGAGUUACCUGAAAGGUUUGUUGAAGUAAAUUCUGAUGCUGACAAUAGACAAGACAGAAAAAUAGUAACAUUGAGACGCCAUGUUGAAAGAGUACUUCCUGUUUCACGCCAUCCUGACCUCCAGACUAAAGAGUAUCCAGAAAUGGGAGAUAAUUAUGUUCCACACAGGCUGGCUAGGAAUGACAGUGUUGAUACCAUGCAUAAGCGACCAUCAUCAGAGCAGUUAGAGACAAAUUACAGCAAAAGAUUUCGUGAGGAUGUCGAUAGUGUACCUAAUCAAGAUGUCCCUGACCGCCAGGUCAACCAAACUGCUGUGGAAAGACUAGUACAUUCUGACCUUCAAAAUUCCAAAGACAUUGUGCGAAUUCCAACGCCCCAAAAAACCAAACCCUCUCCAAUUCCUAUCAUAUCAGAGUCACCAAGGGUUACCUCUCAGCCAAAGUUCUAUAUUCAGGGUGACCUUGAGCAUGAGAAAGGUCAAAGGUCAUCAUUGCUAGGAGCGAUGGAUGACCCAGAAAUUGACCUCACUGAUGGACCAAUCACUGUGCAUGUCGAGUUGUGUGCACGGCAGUUUUAUCUUAACCAUUAUAAAAAGGCAUACCAGAUGGCCCGCAUACCCCGAGGCAAGGCUCUGAUUCUCAAUGUGAACCAGGUUGUGGGUAAGACCGAGAGACGGGGGACUGACAUUGACCGGGAUAACCUCCAUCAUCUACUCUGUCAACUACAUUUUGAUGUCACUGUUACCAAUGAUGAGGAUGGGCUGACAGCUCUGGAAAUGGUGAAAAAGCUACAAGAUUUCUCCCAAGAUCCCGGCCACGCCCUAGGAGACUGCUGUGUGGUGUGCAUCCUCAGUCACGGCGAGGAAGGCUACAUAUUCGGUGCUGAUGGGAAAAAGUUUGAGCUUGACGCAGUUUUCUCCCUGUUUGAUAAUACGUGCUGCCCAGACUUGAGAGGGAAACCCAAGAUGUUUAUUAUACAGGCUUGCAGGGGAGGAGCGUUGGACCGUGGAGUACAGUACUAUCCGGAUGAACAUGAUGGGGCAGACGCCAGAGUGAGACAGGUGCCGUCCAUGUCUGACAUGCUCAUCUGUUACCCUACUCAGGAAGGUUACUAUGCAUGGCGUAAUCGAGAUCGGGGAAGCUGGUAUGUGGAAGCCUUGGUACAGGUCUUCAUGAAGUAUGCACACUGUGAGGACGUUUGUGCCAUGCUGAACAGGGUAAACCUGUUGGUGUCCAAGAAGGUAUCUCAUUGUCCGAAUGCCGACAUGGACCGAAUGUCUCAGAUGUCGGAAUACAAGAGUACACUGCGCAUGCCACAUCUGUUCUUCUUUCCCGGCAUUGGAACAGCUUGAUCUGGGAAGAUCGUUCUUCAAUCAUGAUUAGUUCCAAGUUUGGUCCAUUAAGUGGUAUAUGUAUAGGUGACUGCCUAUUUAGUGAAGGGGUAGUGUCAGUGAAUUGGAUUCUUUGCUGCGGUGUGGAUUUGUGACCUUUGCUAAAACUAUCAUUUUUUACUUAAUUUACCGUCCAGUUUUAUAAGCAUAAUUGUUGCAUUGUUUGCAAAUGUCAAACAUUAAACCAUGUACUUUUGAUGCAUUUAGAUCACCAAUAUUCUUCACAAGUGCUUCUGAGGAUUAAAUCUCUUAUCUCUUGAUUUUUCAACAGCAUUUUUCACUUUUCCUGACUAAAUUGCAGGGGCAGUCCUCAAGUUAGUUUUUCCUCAACUUUCAUACAAAUUCAAUUAACACAGAUAUAUAGACAAAUAUGAAAAAUAUAACAAAACAGCCACAAAUGAUUUUCUUUGAUGUGCAUAUUAUUUGAGUUGUAGGGAAACACCAAACAAACUUACAGUAAUUGUUGCCUGAGAUAAUAGGCUUUUCAACUUUGACUAUGGCACGGAAAUCAGCCAUGAUACUAUACUGUGUUUGCUUACUUCUCUGUAGGAAGAUUUUCUACAUAAUUAAGCUUUAAUCAUGUAAAUAAUGUAGAAAAAUGUCUCAGGAUUAAAAGAUUUUAAAAUGGCUCUUUUAUAAACUUUUAUGGUUCAGGAGCCCUUCUAUGGGUCAGAGGCCCUUCUAUGGUUCAGGAGCCCUUCUAUGGGUCAGAGGCCCUUCUAUGGGUCAGAGGCCCUUCUAUGGGUCAGAGGCCCUUCUAUGAGUCAGAGGCCCAUUUCAAUAAAUAUCACAAGCCUCAAGAUGGUAUAUUCCACGACAAACUAUGUUUUGGGCUUAACUGUGUUUCAAUAGAAAUAAUGUAAAAAACAUAUAUUGUAUAGAUUCUGCAAGUAACUUUACAGUUGAACCUGAACAAUUUUGAGCAGUUUAUGUGUUACGACUAAGAUAUCUUUUUUGAAAGAUCUUUUUUUCUGACUUGUUAAGGAAAGACAAGAACUGUAAGUUUUGUCAUAUAUUUUUUAUGCUGUCAUAGACAAGUUGUAGCGUUAAAGCCCAGUAUAAAUCAACUGUGAAAAGCAGAACUUGUAUUUGGAACUGCACUUAAAAGUUGAAUUAUUUUCUGCCACAGUAUAGACUGACAGACAUCAGGUCCCGAUUUCUCGAACAAGUUUAAGUCUCUUAUAACAGGAUCAAGCUAAGCUCACAUUUAUGUUUUCCUAUAAUGUAUGACAUAUUCUGAUGUUGAAGAGUUCUAAGAUUUUUUUUUAUCGUCAUGAUAAUCAUGAUAAACUAUUUCUUAUGUUGUAAAAUACAGUUUAAGUAAGAUAUUAUGCUAACCAAAAUAAGUAGCUUAAAUUUGUUAAGCUGAAGGUUUGUAGAGAAAUAGGGGACAUACUCUUGUAAAUUGUCUGUAGAUUUUCUGAAAUAGUUGAUACAUUUUGUAUUCCAAUUAUGCAUUUUGUUUGAGUGUGUUUUGUUUUAUUUUAACUUUGCAAGAUAUUUUAAAGAUUGAUUCAAUUUCUUUUACGCUUCGCUUGAUUGAUACAUUGUAAUUAUACCAAGAUACAUGUAUAUUUAUGCACAUUAUUCAUGCACUUUCAUACUAUAAUGUAUAACUAUUUGAUACCUGUGAAUGUGUUUUUUUACCAAAUGAGCAUACUGUAGUUUAUCCGUCCCAAGUUAAUGUGUUCAUAUAUUUAUAUGUCUUUUAUGGAUUGUACAUGUAUUUUAUUUGUCAGAACUUCGCGAAUGACAUCUUUCAUUCCAUUCUGCUAAUAUAUGUUUGCUAUUAUUCAUAAAAUAUAUUCAUUCAAUUUAAAUAAGUAUCCUUUUCCAGUAAUGGUUAUCAAAUAUCUGGGAUUCACAUCUUUUAAAUGAAAUAUUCUUUUUACAUACUGUUGUCUUAUAGGCGCACAAGAUAGGUUGAAGCUAAAAAUGCAUUAUCAUGUUAAACUCAAUCGACAUAAAUGAUCAAAACUAAAAAAAUCAUAUGAUUUAGGUACACAGUUUUGAUCUGGGGAUUUUGUGACCAGGCAGCUAUUAAUUCAACAAACCAUUUAUAAAGGCUAAUAUUUUUUAUCAGUACCUUCAUCGUUUGCUUUUUUACUUUUUAUACCCCCCAAAACAAAGUUUGGGGGGGUAUACUGGAAUCGGGUUGUCCGUCCGUCUGUCCGUCUGUCCGUCCGUUUUUUUUUUGUCCGGGAUUCAUCUUUGUCGUUAUUGAACAAAUCUUUUUCAAACUUUCAGAUAUUAAUGGCCAUGAUGCAAACUUGCGCCUCUGUGAAAUUGGUACGGGUCACAUGACCCUGACCAGAGUUAUCUCCCCUUGAUGUGUUAAAGUAGGCAAAAUAAGCCCUGUCCGGGAUUCAUCUUUGUUAUUAUUCAACAAAUCUUUUUCAAACUUUCAGAAAUUAUUGGCCAUGAUGUAAACUUGCGCCUCUGUGAAAUUGGUACAGGUCACAUGACCCUGACUGGAGUUAUCUCCCCUUGAUGUGUUAAAGUAGGCAAAAUAAGCCCUGUCCGGGAUUCAUCUUUGUUAUUAUUCAACAAAUCUUUAUCAAACUUUCAGAAAUUAAUGGCCAUGUUGUAAACUUUCGCCUCUGUGAAUUUGGUACAGGUCACAUGACCCUGACUGGAGUUAUCUCCCCUUGAUGUGUUAAAGUAGGCAAAAUAAGCCCUGUCCGGGAUUCAUCUUUGUUAUUUUUCAACAAAUCUUUAUCAAACUUUCAGAAAUUAAUGGCCAUGUUGUAAACUUUCGCCUCUGUGAAUUUGGUACAGGUCACAUGACCCUGACUGGAGUUAUCUCCCCUUGUAGGCAAAAUUAGCUUUGUCCAGCCUAACUCCAGGGCAAACAACCUAGACAUGGAGGGGUGGGGGGUAUUCGUUAGCCUAUGGCUUACAGUUCUAGUUAUCACUUAAGCCAAGUGAGUUUAACAUGCUAAUGUGUUAAAAUUAAAAACAAUUAUUUUUUAAUAAAACCUGCUGGUAUAUUGUGUGCCUUCAAAUAAUAACAAUCCUGAACGGAACUUGCUGUUUAUUUUGUGUAGCUAUGUUUAGACUUUGAAUAGCUAUUAAUAUAUUGUGUUUGUUAUUUAGCAAAAAUUGUUAUUUGAAAUUGUUUAAGUGUCAUUCAUACAAGUUCAGAGAUCUAUUAUUUAGAUUUUAUUUUACGAUUAAUUAGUGCAUGAAAUAAAGUUUCUCCUAGUAAGUUGAAUGAUGAAGUAAAUGAUUAAUUCUGAUAUUUUAUUGGCUUGUAAAAAUAUCACAGUUUUACCAAUUCUUAAUAUUCUGGCAACAAUUUCGCGAAACUUCUUAAGUCCCUUAUAACAGGAUAAAGCUAAUCUCAAAAUUAUUGUUGUUCUUUAAAAAAUUUUUGUUGUUCUUUAAAAUAUGUUUUAUUUAUUUCUUCAAGAAAAUUUAUGAAUUAUGUAGGACUUACCGGUAUGUGUCUGAUUAUCAGAAUAAACCAUUUUUUAUUUAUCAAAAUCAAUUUUCAGUAUGUAUUUUGGCUAAUUGAAAUAAGCGACAUAAGCCUGUUUAGCUUAAGAAGUUUCGAGAAAUUGGGGCCUGGGGAUGUCUACCACCUAAAUCCCAGAUUUAAACUAGGAAACAAUUAUGCGCUAUUUUUAAACUGGGAAACAUAGAUGAGACAGCAACAUGAUUGUUGCAUUUAUUAUUUAAUCAUAUUAAAUGAUGUAUUAUCGGCCUCCUAGCUCGCAUGGACAAAUCUAAGUUUAUUUUGAGUAAAUACUGUAUUUGCCAAUGAGGGACCAGUUGGUGUCUAGCCCCUUUAAUAUAACCAUUAUGUGCCUUAUGGUUGGAGAAAAAUUAGAGUAGUGUAUAGAGGGAAAAUGGUAGACAAAAAAUACAACGAUCUCUAAUGAGGGGUAAUGCAUAACUAUAAGUAGUUAAACUUCUGUUGUAGUAGCUAACACAAAAAUCAGUUAGAUUGUGACUAAUCCUUGAUGUUAAAUUAUUUUCCAAUGUUAAUUGUUAGCCUUCCAUGAAUUGUUAUGUAUUUUGUUAAAAAGAUUGUUAGUUAUAAUGUCAAUAUUUGAAUGAGAUGUCUUCCAUCAUUUUGUAACAAUAAGGCAGAGGAUUUUUUGCUGAUCGUUUUUUUAUCAAAGCAUUACUUGAAAUGACAGUACAGAUGUGUGUAGCAAUGUAUAUUCUGGUUAAGUUUGAGUUUGAAAGAUAAUAAAUGAUGAGCAUGUUCUUCUUGAAAAACGUUGGAAGCCUGUCUAAAAUUUUGCUGAAAGAAAGUUGAAAUAUUGCCAAAGCCUUGACCUAGUUUUUGUUAUCUUCGUCAUUGGCAAGUAGAAACUUUAACCAUGACUUUAACUCAAAACAUGUUCAAGAUAUUCAAAUGAAACUUGGUACAAAUGUGACAAUACACAAACAUAUAUGUAAAGCAAAGUCCAUAUCUCUGGCUUUCCUAAUUUUCGAGUUAUAUCCCAUGUUUGACUGCGGAAAUAUCAGAUGAGCGUUUGCGUUCUUAGCAGAGCUCUCGGAUUAAAAAAUGUCAUAUUGAUUUUUUGUGUACUUCUAGUGGUUAUUUAUCUUUGGACAAAGUCUUGAAACUCCCAAAUAUGUAGAUGGUAAAUGGAUCAGGAAAAUCCAAAUUCUCAAUGUAUGUAAAAGGACAGUGUACUGUUUUAUGGUAUGUUGAAAAUGUUAUAAUCCUUGGUUGAUGUUUCCUAAUUUUAACAUAGAUUAAAGCGUAGAGAUUAUUUAUUACCAUGUGUGUUCUAAUUAUUAACAAUGAAAAUGGUUAAACGUCAGUAUUACAAAUCUGGGGUUGUUAUGUUUGGAAAGUUUUUCUAUUACAGCAACAAACUUGAGGGUCAAAUUAAUUAUGUGUUGACCUUACCUACCUAUAUGAUCUUUUGAGAUGUUUAUUUUUGUAGAAUAUUUGUAAAAAAUACUAUAUUAUAAUCUCUUUGUCUUAACAUUCCAUUUUCAGCUUUUAAACUAAUAAAGGAUUGAAAAUA